AUGAUAAAGACUGCUACUGGGACCAAUAACGAAAGUGCUGUAUUAGCGUCCUACCAAGUAUCUUUGCUAGUUGCAAAAACUGGUAAGCCGCACACCAUUGCUGAAGACUUAAUUUUACCGUGUGCUGAAAUCAUGGUUUCUGCUAUGUUAGGUGAUAAAGCUUCAAAAGAAUUGGACGUUGUAUCGUUAUCAAACAACACAGUGAAGAGGAGAAUUGAUGAUUUGUCGGGAAAUGUUAAAGAACAGCUUAUUUUCUAUGUUGAAGCAAGCAGAUUUUAUGCUUUGCAAUUAGAUAUGAGCACAGAUAUUAGCAAUGAUGCAAACUUGCUUGCAUAUGUUCGUUACGAACACAACAACAGCAUAAGUGAGGAUUUUUUAUUUUGUUUACCUUUACCUUCGCACACUACAGGUGAAGCAAUAUUUGAAGUAUUGAACAACUUUAUGUCCGCUCAUGAAAUUACAUGGGACAAGUGUGUGGCAGUUAGCACCGACGGUGCUCGGGCUAUGACCGGGACACGAAUAGGGCUGCAGGCGCGCGUGAAGAAGAUGAAUCCAGCUAUUAUCUGGCAUCAUUGCUGCAUUCAUAAGGAGACAUCAGCAGCUAAAAACAUGCCAGAACAAUUAAAAACAGUGUUGGACGACAUAGUGCAGGUGGUGAAUUUUAUUAAAGCUAGGCCUUUAAAUUCCCGUAUUUUCGGUAUCAUUUGUAAAGAAAUGGGAAGCAUUCACAAGCAGUUAUUAUUGCACGCUGAAGUCCGUUGGUUAUCUCGUGGCAAAGUUGUGACGCGUGUUUUUGAGCUGAGAGAUGAGAUCAGAAUGUUCUUUUUGAAGAAUUCUGGACACAGCGUCAGCAACUAUGCUGAUCACUUCAAUUACUUUGGAUGGCUUACAAUGGCAGUAUAUUUGGCUGAUAUAUUUAGUGCCCUUAACGAGUUGAACUCAAGUCUACAAGGGAGAGAUACCAACAUCUUCCAAGUCGAUGACAGAAUUGAAACGAUGCUAAAAAAACUUGACCUUUGGAUAAAUCGUACAGUUCAAAAAAACUAUAAUCACUUUCCAACACUGUCAGCGUUUUUGGAGUCCUCUGGUGAAGCAAUAUUGCCAACACAAGUACAAGAUGAAAUGGUGACACAUCUCCGCACUUUGAGGUCUUCGUUUCGGGAUUAUUUUCCAGUAUCUGACAAAAAUAAAAAUUGGAUAUCAGACCCUUUCAACACAGAUGUUUCUGAUAUUACUGGCUUGACAGCGGCACAGGAAAGCCAAUUAAUAGAAGUAUCCUGUGAUUCAGCAUUGAAACGCAAUUUCAACGAAUCUUCACUAUCAAGUGACAGAUUAUAA